CUACUUAGCAUGCAAAUGGCACAGGCUGGAUGCGAUGGUCUUACUUGGAGAGUUGUUGGACUUUUUUCUUAAUGCUUCUGGUAUUCACUUGGAAAUAAGCCAUUCUCUCAAGCCAUUGAGACUAAUCAGCAGAGUGCCAAGUAUGAAACUGUGGUUGUCCGUAAUUGUCGACACCCUGCCUAUGCUUGGACAUGUCCUCCUCUUGUUCAUGUUCGUGAUCCACAUUUUUGGUGUCAUGGGAGUCCACCUGUGGGGGGGAGAACUGCGCAACCGCUGCUUCCUGGGAGAAGACAUUGUGACAAUGUACAACUUGUCCCUGAGUCCGUAUUUUGAUUACGUCCCUGGUGAAAGAGCCUCAUUCGUCUGUUCACGUCACAGCGAGACUGGGGAGCGGCACUGCAAAGAUGUGCCUCCUUACCAGGAGAAUGGGAAUGUCUGCACGCUGGCUGCUCCUCACCAGGAUAAACCUGGUAACUGGGGAGUCAAUGCGACGGCUGGGCCAAGUCAUGGAGACUGUGUGAACUGGAACCUGUUUUAUAAUGUUUGUCGCCCUGAUGGUCCAAACCCCAACAUGGGAUCUAUCAACUUUGACAACAUUGUAUAUGCAUGGAUCACAGUCUUCCAGGUAAACUGUCAAAUCUAA